AUGGCGGCGCCCCUUCCUCUUUUUUCCCAAAUGCGGCGCUCGGGGAACCGCGAGGAGAACAAGCGGAUCCUGAUGGACCUGGACGUGGUGCUCAAGAGCCACGACUGCCCCUACAUCGUGCAGUGCUUCGGCACCUUCAUCACCAACACCGACGUGUUCAUUGCCAUGGAGCUCAUGGGCACCUGCGCAGAGAAGCUCAAGAAGCGGAUCCAGGGCCCCAUCCCCGAGCGCAUCCUGGGCAAGAUGACGGUGGCAAUCGUGAAGGCGCUGCUGUACCUGAAGGAGAAGCACGGCGUCAUCCACAGGGACGUCAAGCCCUCCAACAUCCUGCUGGACGAGCGGGGCCAGGUGAAGCUCUGCGACUUCGGCAUCAGCGGCCGCCUGGUGGAUUCCAAGGCCAAGACCCGGAGCGCGGGAUGUGCGGCCUACAUGGCGGUGAGGGGCGGGGGGACAUGGCUGGGGACGCGCUCACCCCCCAUCCCCUCCCCCAGCCUCACCAAGGACCACAGGAAGAGACCAAAGUACAACAAGUUACUGGAGCACACCUUCAUCAAGCGCUACGAGACGCUCGAGGUGGACGUGGCCACCUGGUUCAAGGACGUGAUGGCCCGGACAGAGUCCCCGCGCCCGGGGGGUGGCCUGGGCCACCACCUGCCCUUCUUCAGCAGGUAGCGCCAGCCCGGCGCCGCCACGCCCGGCGGGGACACCGGGGACAGGGACAGCGGGGACAGCCAGGACACGGGGACACCGCUGUGGCACCGGGGACAGCCAGGA